UAAUUCUAGCAGUCCAUCGAAUGAGUAAGCCGCUACGAAUCCCGCGUAACAGCAAUAUUGAUUUGGUCGUUUUCUUGCGAGCAACUCCGUGGACUUUUGGACACGUUCUCCGGAGUGUGUCUACUGCACAACUCAACUGCCGUUCGCAGCUCACGUUUCACAAGUUUCACGUUAGUCGAGUUCAUAGUUCGUCGUAGUUCGGGUGCCUUUAAUUCGAGUUUUUGUGGAUAUCUUCACAUUUUCCAGAAACAGGACAAAAUGGCAAACAACAGGGCAGCAAAGAGCGGAUUCGCUGCAGAAGCUCAACGAAAGGUAAACGCCAAAUACAGCGAAGACUUGGCUAAAGAAAGUCUCGAAUGGAUCGUGACGAUCACAGGAGACGAACUGAACACAGCUGGUGAUAUGGACAACUUUUAUGAAGUACUUAAGGAUGGAACCGUAUUGUGCAAAUUAGUAAAUAACAUCCAACCCGGUAUCGUUAAGAAAAUUAACACCUCCACAAUGGCUUUCAAGUGUAUGGAAAAUAUCAACGCCUUCCUAGAAGCUGCCAAACAAUUAGGUGUACCACCUCAGGAAACAUUCCAGACUGUAGAUCUAUGGGAGAGGCAGAACCUUAACUCAGUUGUCAUUUGCUUACAAUCAUUAGGCAGGAAGGCUGACAAAUAUGGAAAACAAUCCAUCGGACCAAAAGAAGCCGAAAAGAACGAGAGAAUGUUCUCAGAAGAGAAGCUUCGAGCUGGUCAAACAAUCAUAGGACUUCAAAUGGGAAGCAACAAAGGUGCAACCCAAUCAGGGAUCAAUUUCGGGAACACAAGACACAUGUAAAUUAAGAACAAAUCAACUUGGAACCAUUCCAGCGGUUUGAUGUUAAAACUAUUUCAAGAGUUUUAACGUUAAAACUGUUCGGUACUCAAAAAUAACAGAGUCUUUUAUAGUACUUAGAACCACAUAGUUGCCUGUUAGAUGUUAGGUACUUAGCCUACUGUUUGUCGUUGUAUAACUUUUAAACUCAAGCCAGAAACCUGAUCUUUUGGUUGAAUUAAAAUUGUGAUAUUAUAAAGAAAUAUACGAGUAUUUCAGAACCAAAUUGUUUACACUUUUGGAGACAUAAUUGCACCAUUACAUAGCUAACACUUCUUUCUGCCAAGUAUUUCAAACACGGUACUGUUCAACUAAGAUUUCGAUCUUUCUUGAGUACUAAAGAAAUCAAUUUCUUCCAUCGUUAUAUAUAACAUAGCAAGUAGUAUUACAAUAUAUGCAACACUGAAUUAGAAGUUUUUACUGAAAAUAACGUUUUUGAAAUUUCAACAUUUUCCAAGAGUUUUAGCUUGAGUUUUAAGAUUCUGCUGUUUUUGAUCAUUUUUAUAUAAGUAUAUUUUUAAGACUAUUAUUUAUGAAAUAUAUGUUUUGUUAAUACAUCGAAAAUAUAUAUUAGUGUAGAUUUACAAGCUAUUUUUGAUCGAUUUUUAAACAGUAUUGUUGUGAACAUUCCUGUUAAACACUUCCAUAAACAAUAAAGUAAGGAAUAGCGUU